GUCUGGUCUCCUCCGCGUCUUCUGAGUCGAGUCUUUCGAGCGACUCAUCCACAGUCACUUCUGCAAUGCCCACCUCCGAGGUUUCUAGCUCUAGCACGAUCUCUUCGGCGACCACCGAUGGCGCAAGCACAGCUGUAUCGACUACUGGGGCAUCUUCCGCGGACUCUUCUACUACAAUCUCGACAAGUGCUGACGUGAGCACUCCGGCAUCGACAACCGACUCGAUCUCGAUUACUUCCGAUGCAUCGAGUGCUCAAAUUGUUAGCGAGACCCCGGUGACCAGCGACAUGACCACCGUUGCUGCUCCCACCUCUAUAAAAUCCGCACAGACCACCGAAGACUCGACUACUGCAACUUCAGCAAGUGUAGAAACCACUCCUCCUAGCGCUCUUGCCCGUCGUUCGACCAUCAUGCGCCGUCAAGACAAUUCUACGUCUUCGGAUGAAGACACGGUGAUUGCCAAUGACGAUGAGGACACAUUCGCCAGCACCGACAGUGUCACGAAUGGCAAUCUCGAAGUCGACGAUGAGUCCAGCAACGCAGAUGGCGCCGAAUUCCAGGACGGCGCCGACGCCGCGCUGGGUCUGUCGGCAGACGAGCAAGACGAGGACGGCAUCAGCUUCACUACUCUCAUCGACGUACAGCAGACUUUCCAAAUCAUUCCCGGAGAUGACGGAAACCUGUAUGCUGGAGCGUAUACUGCAGGAUCCACCAGCGACACUGGACUCUUUGCACAAUAUGAUGGUGUCAUUUUUGGUGAUGACGGUCAGCGCGUACUCCAUUUCUACCCUGACGAGAUGGCUGUCUACAAUGUCAGUCGUAUUAGACUUAGCUCUGAUGCCAUCAUCCCCAAGAGUGCCGAUGCCAUUACUCUUUCGCCAAUCGACUAUGAUGAUGCCGACAGCACCAACCCUUUGGCUUACUUUGCCGUCACCACCAAGCAACAGGUGUAUAGCCUGGUCUUAUGCAGCUUUAGUAACGGUGCUGAUAGCAAAGUCUUCGUCGUCAAUGAUCAAUCGGGCUUGGACGCACUGACGGGCAAUGGCAAUAUCGUCUACACUGUCACUGGAGCUCCCGUUCAAGUCUGUUCUCCUCUGGCUAUGAUCUCUGGCGGUAACGGCACUGUGUCGGCCUGAAAUCACUGCCCCACUUUUCGUACUCUUCUCACUCCUGUUUUCUUCUCUGCAUAUCAUCUGUAAUGCACUUUUCUUAGUGUCAUCUUCUAAUCUCAUUCUAUUUCACUUUUCACUUACCAUACAUUUUUUGUUUUAGGAUACAUAUCUUUUCUUUCCUUCUUCUGAUCUUCUUCCAUUGAACUCAUGUCUUGUUCUUCAUAUUCCUUGAUUUUCCCCUUCUAUAAUAUUUUCGCUGGGUUCGUCCCACUUUUAUCCUAUCAUCGAGCUUAAUGAUAUCGCAACAUCUCCAGCUCA